UGUCAUCCUUGGUAAUCACCAUCAUCAGUUUAAAUCCCAAACCGCAGGUGCUCCUGCUCUCCCCUCAAACCUUGACCUCAGAAAAAAACACGGUGAACGUUCGCUCCACGGUUUGCUCGCGUGCCACACCGAACCUGCGCGCUGUGCUUCCGUGACGUCGCUCCAUUGGAGCCUGUGGUUGGAGCGCGAGUUCUUUUCACGUAUCUACUGGGAGAGAGAGGAGAGCGAGCGCACGGCGGUGCCAGCCAUGGUCAGCGCUUUGAGAGAACACUGAAAUCAACCGGGAGGGACAACAUCCUAGACAUGGAAUGCGACUGUGCAACAUUGUGUCUUUCCUGGCUGUCUGACGUUAUUUUUCUGCUCAACCAUUGAAAAGGAGGAGGUUUUGUCGUUUACGUAUUGGAUUCCAGAGCACUGGGAACACCCCGGUCUCUAUUUCUCUUUCCGUUUCUCCCCCUCGGGUUGAAAAGUCACCAGAGUGGAAAGGAUAUUUCGCUUCAUUGGAAUUAUAGCUGCUCUGAAGAUGAUCUCCGGUGUUUUCUGGGAACAUUGUCUUGGAUGAGAACCUGUGAGCAUCAUGAGUACCAAUGCCUAUCAGCAGGGCUCUUUGGGCAGUGAGCGGAGCUCUGGACCUAUCCGGUGCCAGCGUUGUCGGGAGGUGUGUAAGGGAGAGGUGGUGCGCGUUCAGGACACACACUUCCACGUCAAGUGUUUCACCUGUACAGUGUGUGGGUGUGGCCUGGCUAGAUCUGGGUUCUAUCAGAAGAGUGGUGAGUACAUCUGUACGUCAGACUACCAGCGACUGUACGGGACGCGUUGUGACCGCUGUGACGGAUUCAUCACCGGGGAGGUGGUCUCUGCUCUGGGGAGGACCUACCACCCUACCUGCUUCGUCUGCAGUGUCUGCAGGAAGCCGUUCCCUAUCGGAGACAGAGUGACGUUCAGUGGGAAGGACUGUGUGUGUCAACAAUGUUCUCACACACUCGUCACCUCCAGCGAACCAAUCAAGAUCCAUGGACCCAGCCACUGUUCAGGGUGUGGAGAGGAUAUAAAACAGGGACAGUCUCUGCUGGCGUUGGAGAAACAGUGGCAUGUCAGCUGCUUCAAGUGUCUAACCUGCAACAUGGUCCUCACUGGGGAAUACAUCAGCAAGGACAACGUGCCGUACUGUGAGUCUGAUUACCACGCCCAGUUUGGGGUUAAGUGUGAGACGUGCAGCAGAUACAUCAGUGGACGGGUACUGGAGGCAGGGGGGAAACACUACCACCCUACCUGUGCCCGCUGUGCCCGCUGUCACAUGAUGUUCACAGAGGGAGAAGAAAUGUACCUGCAUGGUGGUGAAGUGUGGCAUCCUUUGUGUAAGCAGGCGGCCAGAGCAGAGAGAAGACUCAGGCACAGACGUCUGUCAGAGACCUCCAUCUCUCCACCGGGUUCGUCUAUUGGCUCUCCCAGCCGCGUCAUCUGCGCCAGGGUGGAGAAUGAGAUACUAGACUAUAAGGACUUGGCUGCACUGCCUAAGGUCAAGGCCAUAUACGAGGUCCAGCCACCUGACCUCAUAUCAUCCUACCAGUCCCAGCAUCAUCCUACCAUAUCAUCCUACCAGCCCUACCCCAGAUACUCCUCAGAUGACAUAGAGACCUUCAGCUAUGGAGAGUCACCUGGGACUCUCUGUUCUCAGAAGCUGUAUUACAAUAUAGACAAGAGACAGAGACAGUGUUCCAGCCCUGCCUACAUGGACGGCUCUCCCUCCUUCAACCGCCAAUCCAUGUCUCCCAUCACGCCUCGCUCGCCGCAGCACUAUGGACACCCUGUGCUGGCUGCAGGCUCUGAGAGUGGCAGGAGCUCACCCUAUUACGGCUCGCUGGAGGGGCGGCCUAGUACUCCUACCACAUACCACGCCCCCAAGCAUUUCCAUGUACCAGCCUCAGGUGAACCCAACAUCUACAGCAAACCUCCCAUCUAUAAGAGAACGGCCACCAAAAGCAGGACCAGCGAAGAUCUAAUCACAUCCUCCAGACUGUCUACCUACUCUCCAGAACCCUACACACAGUCAGAGUCUGACUCCUACCCCUAUCCCAGCUCCCCUAAAGCUCUCCGUCCUCCUAGGAGAAGGUAUUCUACAGGAGGAGAUGAAGAGAACUGGAGUCACAGCAGUCUUCAAAGACUCCCCUGCUCCUCCUUCUCUCCCUCAGCUCCUCCAUCCCAUUACAGCUUAGACAGUGACUCAUACAAGUCAGCCUCUCUACCAGGAUACAGGCGGAACGGUGUCAACAGGCCCCAGAGUGCAGCCGCAGACUACUACCAACAGUAUGACAGCAGCAGUGAUGUCAACUGGGGAACCAGAGAAUACAAGGUGUACCCGUAUGAAGUACUGAUCGUGACCACCAGGGGGAGACACAGACUGCCUAAAGACGUAGACAGAGCCAGACUAGAGCGUCAUCUGAGUCCCGAGGAGUUCCUACAUGUGUUUGGGAUGAACUUGACAGAGUUUGACCGGCUGGCUCUCUGGAAGAGAAAUGAAAUGAAGAAACAGGCCCGACUCUUCUAACCAUGGAGAGAGAGAAAAUUAGAGAGAGAGAGAGAAGAGAGAGAAAAUUAGAGAGAGAGAGAGAGAGAGAGAGAGAGAGAAAAUGAGAGAGAGAGAGAGAGAGAAAGAGACUGUUAAUGACAACAGAGAGAGGUCUUACGUCAGAAUGAGAGAGUUGCGACAGACAGACAGACAGACAGACAGACAGACAGACAGACAGACAGACAGACAGACAGACAGACAGACAGACAGACAGACAGACAGACAGACAGACAGACAGACAGACAGACAGACAGACAGACAGACAGAGGGAAUGUGUAAUUUCACUGCCACAGACUGAACUAAACCCUCCCCACCCCACCACUGCCCAGGGUCAAAAGAGAGAGAGGGAGAGACACAAAGGUCAGGAGACUUUUGGCUUUGCCUUACUAUUGUGGAUGAUUUUAUACCUUUUGAGUGUGCAGCACCAGCAAACUAAGUGACUAGAAUGUAGAUAUCAUUUACACCACUUUAUCUGAAUGAAUGAAUGAAUGAAUGAAUGAAUGAAUGAAUGGAUGGACGAAUAAACACACAAUGCUUAUGCGUUUUAAAUUGAUGCUCAUUGAUGAUCAUUUCUCCUUCUACUUUACCACUUGUAUCUUGUGGUUUACAGUGAUACUGGCAGCAUGCCCAUCUUUUAAUGACAUCAUACUUAUAUUUGAAUGACAUCAUACCUGUGUUCCAAUGACAUCAUGAAAUGAUUUUUCUGAGAAUGAAAACAUUGCUUCACAUUGUGAAUGUGUACAGUACAAAAGAAGGAUUGUUGCUCCACCAGAUAUGAUAACUAUUCACACAACGAUAGGCUACAGACUGGAUGUAUUCACUGUCAGGAAAACGAACACAUGCUAGACGUACCUGCUGUAGCGUUGUGAUAGAGGGAACACUAUUGCUUACACACAGGGAUAAUGUCCGUCUUUAGUUGAAUUGUGAAUACGUAUUCAUCUUGGAACAUUGCAUAAACAAACAUUAAAUACAGUUUGUGUUGCGGACAUGAAAUGAGAAGUGUGCAGCUUGGGUAACUUACAGUUCUAGACUACAGUAGUUUGCAGUUAUGAAGACGUAUCCAGUCACAACACAUAGGUUGCAGAUAAACAUUCAUAACACAAUAUUCGGAGGGUUAGUUUCCUUGACACGUAUUGAUCCUACUCCUGGGCAGAAAACGUGCUCAAUACAGGGCAGCAUUCAUAGUCCGGGUCUUAUUUGAUCAAAUUUAUCAUUCCUUUUCAUUUGAAGCUACAAAACAUACUGUAACUAUCUCCUUUUCAUAGCUAUUUACAGUUACAUCAUGUAUAAUUUAUUCCAAUAAAAUGAUGUUUUCAUGUG